CUCGCAUCCCUUUCCCUUAUCCCUCUGUUUAUCUAUGAUGCCCAAAACCCAAACAAUCCUCCUAACUGACUGUAUGAAGGAGAUCACCUUUCAGCUUGCUGAAGCCAGCGAUAAAGGCCUAAAACGUGAAGAAUGCACUCGGUAUGGGAAUCAUACUUAUGUGGGUGACCCUGUAACUUCUCAAUAACUUCUUUUUUUUUUGCGCUAAUAACGGUUUCAAUCAGGAUGCUAUCAUGGCUACUGGGUAUUGUGACAACAAUUCUUACAGCGAGGCCAUGAACUGGUCCAACGUGUUGUGCAAUGCAUCUCGACGACUUGACCCUGAAAGCUGGCGUAGGGCUGUAGAUAACUUACAGCAAGAUUAUAACGAAAUGACUCGCCUGUUCAAUGUAUCCUCGGAGCAUAAAGGUGCUUAUGAGGAGACUGAGAUGUACUCAGAAGGAUCGGCCGACGGAGAACUAAACAAUGACGAGAAGACAAUCGGGUCGGCUCUCACCGAGGGACAGGCGGUACAGAAUGCUACCGUGACGGAUGAAGAAGAGGAUAUUGAAGGGGAGGGGAAGGAAGAACCCUCGCAGGAGAUUGAUACCUUGGGCCUCGGUGGCAGGACUUACCAUGGCAAGCUCGUUCCUGCAAAAGUUCCACGCAAGAUGAUCCGCGGUUGUAUCCCUGUUGAGCAGGACUACGGGUCCAUCCUCAAGAUCCAUGGCGCCUACUUCCGUGAAAAUUUUCUGGUCGAGGCUUGCGGUCAUCCGGUCUGUAGUUUGUGUUGCUUUGAUGGCCUCGUUUUGAUAGAGAUCCCUAGUAUAAAUAUGCCUGCUCUACGUGUAAGGCCGCCGACGUCUUGUGCUAUUCCUAUUGUGGUUACUCCGUGGACUGUGCUCGCUGUGUAUGGUUGAAUCGUGCCUGUUUGAAGGAAACUCCAGGGGGGAUCUGGCGCUGGGAGUUGUUAUGAUGACCUUAUAAUUAGGUAGUAUUACAUG